AUGACUGAAGAAAGUAAUCAAUCGAAAAAUGAACAUAUUAAUAAAACAGUAAAAAAGGAUGUUGAUAAAGUGGUUGAUAAAUAUGACAUUCAAGAUAUUGCUGGUCAAUGUAAUGCAUCGCAAAAUAAGACUAUAUCUUAUUGUCGAUGUUGGAAAUCAAAAAAAUUUCCAUUAUGCGAUGGUUCACACAAUACGUGGAAUAAAGAAACAGGAGACAACAUAGGUCCACUUGUUAUUACAAAUAACAAUGAACCAAAUAAACAAUAA